CCGCAGCGUGGCGCCGCCCGACCUCCGCGCUGCCCCCGCGCUCCCCGCCGCAGCCAGGGCCGCUGGCUCCCGCCCGGGGGCGGCGGCGGACGCGGGGGGGGGAAAGCUCGGUGCGGACGGCGGCCCCCAGCCGGAGCGGCGGCGGCGGCGGCCCCUCCUCCUCCUCCCGCCUCUCCUCGCCCUGCGCUUCGCUCCCCGCGGGUUUGUGGCGCUGCGCCGGGGGAGGAUGAACGGAGGAUAAAUGGUGCCCAAAGCGGACAGCGGCACCUUCCUCCUCCUCUUCCUCCUGGUGCUGAGCAUCACCGAGCCGCUGCGGCCAGGUCCACGACUAGCUUUGGCAAGACUUCUUUCAGAGCUCCGCUGCACCCCAGGGCAGUUUGCUUGUCGGAGUGGUACCAUCCAGUGUAUCCCUUCGAACUGGCAGUGUGAUGGAUGGCCCACCUGUGAGGACAAGAGUGAUGAAGUUGAUUGUCCAGGCUUGACAGGGGACCAGCGAACUUACCAUGGAAAGGAGAAUGUUGACUCCAGGCAUAAUCGAGGAAGAGGAGGAGAGACGACCCGCUUUCACACUGUUAAUGUGGCACAGCCUGUCCGAUUUAGCAGUUUCCUAGGAAAGUGCCCAACAGGAUGGCACCACUAUGAGGGCACAGCCAGCUGUUAUAGAGUCUAUUUAAAUGGGGAGAAUUACUGGGAUGCUGUACAGACGUGUCAGCGGGUGAAUGGCUCCCUCGCCACCUUUACUGCAGACCAGGAGCUAAGGUUUAUCCUGGCACAGGAGUGGGACUUGGAAGAAAAAGCAUUUGGAAGAAAGGACCAGCGUAGGUUCUGGGUUGGAUAUCAAUAUGUCAUCACUAAUCGAAAUCACUCUCUAGAAGGUCACUGGGAAGUAGCUUAUAAAGGCUCUUCCGAAGUAUUUCUACCCCCUGACCCUAUCUUUGGUACGGCUAUGUCUGAAAAUGAAAACGUUCUUUGUGCCCAGCUUCAGUGUUUCCAUUUUCCUACCCUUCGGCAUCAUGGUUUACAUAGCUGGUAUGCUGAAAACUGCUAUGAGAAAUCCUCAUUCCUCUGCAAAAGAAGCCAGACCUGCGUUGAUAUCAAAGACAACAUUGUUGAUGAAGGCUACUAUUUCACUCCAAAAGGGGAUGAUCCCUGUUUGAGCUGCACGUGUCACAACGGUGAACCCGAAAUGUGUGUGGCUGCUUUAUGUGAACGGCCCCAGGGAUGUCAGCAGUAUCGCAAAGACCCUAAGGAAUGCUGCAAAUUUACCUGUUUAGACCCAGAUGGCAACAGUUUGUUUGACUCAAUGGCCAGUGGAAUGCGUCUUAUAGUGAGCUGCAUUUCCUCCUUUCUUAUCCUCUCUCUGCUGCUCUUCAUGGUCCACCGGUUACGCCAGAGGCGGAGAGAGCGCAUAGAGUCUUUGAUAGGAGCAAAUUUGCACCAUUUUAACUUGGGCCGCAGAAUGCCUGGUUUUGAUUAUGGUCCAGAUGGUUUUGGAACAGGCCUUACUCCGCUGCAUCUUUCAGAUGAUGGAGAAGGUGGAGCGUUUCAUUUCCAUGAUCCACCUCCACCCUAUACUGCUUACAAGUAUCCAGAUAUUCAACAUCCAGAUGACCCACCCCCCCCUUAUGAGGCUUCUGUCAAUCCAGACAGUAUCCUUUGUUCUACUCCAGAUGGAGUUCUUUCUCAGACAGUGCAAAGCAAUCCUCCAUCACUAGGAAACUGUGAUGUAUCCCCACAGCUUACAGAGGAAUCGCUUCCUCCCUCAGUUGGUCCUUCUCCAGUAGAGCUGGAAGACUCUGCUGACAGCAGCACCUUUCUUGUCCCUCCUGACACACCGCUAGGUGAAAACACACCGGCAGAAACUCUUACAGGCAGCCGUCACAGCCACUGUUCUCUCAAUACCAUUGUAUAAAGGAAUAAAAAGCUGACUGCCGGUCAGAAAUAGUUUUAGCAACUGUUUGCACAGACAAACACUAAUCCAUGGUUUGAACUUCGGAAGGAAUCUCCACUUUGUUUUUGAACACUGCUUUUAUGUUCUAGUUUAGGAUUGUGCCUCUCGGUUUUUUUGGCUUUCGUUAUUCAUUCACUAAUUGAUUUGUCCUGUAAAUAUGGAUUGUAUAAACUGCGCUUUUUUCCCAUUGGUGAUGGAAAAGAGUGUAGAGAAUUCCUUUGACUUCUAAGGAGAGGAAGAGUAUGGGUAGUUUUUUUCUUAACCUGAGAGGAAACAAAAAUCUACAUCAGAAAAAAAGCUGCUUGGAUUUGGCUGGAUACCACUGGACCCAGGGAACAGACAAUGGAAAAGGAGGGUGGGGGCAGUCGCUGCUUAAUCCCAUUGCUAUCUCUCUUGCUUGUUUGCUACAUUUGGAAAAGGCAGAGAAGGCUGAAUUGCAACGGAGGGGGGCUUAGAUGUCUGUGUUACGAAGCAGGAACACUGAGGAGCUGAAACAUGCCACCAAGUAAGAGUUGCACAGGAUAGAACCACUGUGUGCUUUGAUUUGCCCUGGUACUUCAGAACACCCUAGGGACUGGAGGAUAAGUGAUAUACGCAGCGUGUGACUUAGUCUUUUUAUGGAAGUGGGUACUAAGAAAACUGGGAUUUGCAAUUACAAUUAUUUGUUGUUGGUAAUAGCAAAAUCUUGUGUUGUCAGAUAAACUUCUGGCCCAUAAAGAAAACUGGGUCUGUGUAAUGCUUGCAUCCCUUCAGUAGAAUCCUUGUAUGUGUUAGGUAGUAUUAUAGGGAAGAGACAGGGAGCAGUUAGCUUUCUGACUGACACAAUCCAACUUCACUAUAUCAAGCUCCUGUUUGUUAAAAUCCCAUCAGGAAGAUUGAGGUGUUUUUCUUUGUGGUUUAACUCCUUUACAGUGAACAGUUACCCAAGACUGGCCUGGAUAAAGAGACUAUUGUUCUUGCUUUUCUUAUAACACACAUUGAUCACUGCUAUACGUAAUGUUCAAUUCUAAUUGGACACUUGUUCAUUUUUCUAAUGCCAUAAAUUGCCAGCCCUAUUCUAGAGAUUCUUCCCAGUCCCUUCUUUCCCCCUAUUGCUGAAUUAAUGUUUAUCCAGGUCCCAUGAUGGGUUAUAAUGAGGUUAGUAUACUUAAAUCAAUAAAGUAGUUUCUUUCACUCUGAAAUACCAUCUUAAAUUUUCCCCUCUUUGAACCAGCUAGUUAAUUUAUGUGUGACAAAAUGAGAUUCAUUUACUCCCUCACCAAACCCAAAGUCAAGCACUAUUGGCUUUGGUAAUGACUGCAAAGUAAUCUUUAUAGGCAAUUUUAUUUUUAAGUGGGAUUUUAGUGUACAAAUAAUGCUGUCACUUCCCCCCUCCCUUGCCUCUGGUUUUCCCCGAUUUACUGUAGCAGUCAGCAGAUGAGAUAAAUUAUAAGGAUUAUAAGGAAUUUGUAAAGAGUGCCCUUUGCAAGUGUUCUCCUAUUACCUUAUGAAAGGUACACAAGCCUAGAGGGACAGGAAGAAAACACUGCAUGGGGAUGUGUAUGUGAAUUAUUUUUUUAGUACUGAUGAGAAAUCAUACGUGUAUGACAAAUCCUAACCCACUAUUGGGGUUUCCCAGUGCAGCUGACUUUUUCCCCAUUGAAUAUGCUGCUACUUUCUAUUCUGUGUCUUGCCUAUAGGCUUAUACUGUACUUGGGGAUUGGUCUUGACAAUUCAACUCCAUUUGCACAGAAAACUGUGACUUUCAUUAUUCAGAUCAUGUUCAGUGUCUUGACAUACAGACGCUUACUAGCAAUCUUGAAUCCAUUGGAGAGUGUGAAUCACAGUUCUCGUUUGCGCUACUGGCACAUGAGCAGGAAGAAACGCUGUUAGGAAAGCCUCUCUGCUUGGACUCUUACCGCUGCGGCGCGUUCCCGUCCUCUGGUUUGACUGACUAAUGUGAGUGGCACGAAAUGGGAGGAGCUGUUCACCCUGUGGAUCUGUUACCAUCUCCUCCUCCUGAGUUCAAGUCCUGGUCUAAUGAAGUGGAUGGAUAGCAGUAGUCAGAACCAUGCAUAUGAAUUAUUGAGCAUUUCUGAAGUAUGAAAAUAAAGCGGGUUUUGUGCA